GAAGUCUCCGGAUAGCUUCCCCAGAUUGACUGGUUAUACUAGGUCGGCCACUGGGUCUGUCAAACCGACCGACCGGCCGGCCUCAGAAACCCGAAGCGGGAACAAUCCCGCGGGGAGUUGUAGCCCCUAAACCGCUGCCUGGCCGCGUGCGGCGACAGGAAGUGCGGCCAGACGGCCAAUCAGCGGCGAGAAGCCGUUUUAACGUCCCUCCUUUGCCUCCCCCAGGUACCUUACGGUUUCUCCUCGCCCUCCCUCCUUACCCCCCCCCCCCCGCGCCCCGCGUCCUCCUCCCCCGUCACACUCCUUUCCCGCAACGGUCCCUUCAGGACACUAUUCCCCUCGAGCCCCGCCGGUGUACAGCUCUCGCGGACAUGGAGGCCCGGGAGGAGGCUGAGUGGGUAGCAAUUGCCAAUAACCUUCUUUUGAAAUGUCACAUUUGCCUGAGGAUACAGUCUCUUUCAGAGUGUGAUGCAAAUGUGUUUAUUACUCUUUAUCAUUCUAUCUUGGGAGAAGUAGUACCAGACCUCAUAACGAACCCUAAAAACCAAGAAGAUCAUGCACACAACGUACAAGCAAUUAUUGAUUCACUGGCCUUGGAUUACUUGCAAGUCAGCUUGUCCCAUAUAACAGGAGAAAAUAUUAUAAGAGGAAAUAAGGAGUCUAUUAAAAAUCUCUUAGAAAUAUUUGAUGGAUUGCUGGAAUACCUUACAGAAUAUAGUGAGACAUCCUCUCAGGAAAGAGUUGAAACUGACCGAGUAGCUAAAGCAUCAAUUCAGGGUAUACUUCCAGAAGAAUUGGAAGAAAAGAUUAAAGAGACCAGACCAGUGCAGGCAAUGACAUCAUUUGGGAGGUCUUCCCAAUCUUCUGAGCUUUUUGUUCCAUCUUGGGACAUAGAUGGAUCAGAGUCCACUGGUGAAUUGAUUAGACUUGGGGAUACAGCUCACACAUUUUCUUUAAGGAAAAAUGGAGUUGAAGAAUCACAGAAUGAAAAGGAUUCAACCUUCCAAGGAACCAAGGCUGAGGAAGAUUUUGUGAACUCUACCUCAUGUUACUCUAAUUACAUGGCAGAUAAUAAAUUAGCUGCAUCUGUUGAGUCUACAGACGUCUCUUCCAAGAGUCUGACUCCAAAUGCUAAGAAAUUGGGUGAGCCCAUUCGUUCAGCUAUUCCUUUGCAGCCACCAUACCAUCCUCUUGAGCCUCCAGCACCCUGCCCAAUAGGAAGAGAAUACUUUCAUUCAAGUCAGUAUCCCUCAGCCUUAAAUGAUGAUGAAAAGCAUGAAAGACCUAUGUUUACAGGGUCAUUUGAUCCAUUUUCAGAACGGAUUCAUGGUUCAGAGUCCUAUUUCACAUCAGUUGGAGAUACAUUGACACCUGAAACAACGAACACACAGGAUCAGAGCUGCAGCGUGAAGUGCCUCAAUAGUGCUGAUAAGCUUUCCCCAACUUCUCACUUGUCUGAAGAAACUAAGCUGUCAACGUCCCAGUCUUACUUAUACAGCCCUGGGAUGCAAAGGCUUCUCAAAAGAAUAAGAUCAGAAAGCUGUGAUCUAGCCCCUGAUGAGCUACCUCUGCACCAAGGACCAAGUCAUAGGUUGACUGAGCAAGAAUUGCACUCAAUGUCAGAGAAACUUUCUCACCAACUUGAUGAGCUAGAUUUAAUGUUAAGAAAUGCCCUGAGCUCAAAGACUAAAGACCAAGAAGAGAUUAGAGAUGGUGAUGUAUCUUUUCAGAACAGUGACAGUAUCAACGAACAACUAAAGAAGUCUCCCCCAGGGCUAAUUAAGAAUGGCAGACAGUUCCAAGUGGGGAAAUUACAAAGACAAAUACAGAAUGAAUCAGAUCUGCGACGGUUCCGAGCAAAGGUGUUAGCUGAUGCAUUUGAAAAGCAGUUGCAUAGAAGUGAAAUUCAAGAAGGAAGUGGACUUCUGAUCCCGAAUGAAGACCAGGAAGUAACAGAACAGGAAUACAAAGAAAAUAUCCAUCAGAGACCUCCAAGAACUUAUCAGCCGAUGAAAGUUUAUUCUAAAAAAACUGUACCUUGGAAUCUCAAACGCAGCCAGUGGAUUCCAAGAGGGAGCAUCACAAAGACAAAGAAAGGAGUUCCAUUGAAAAUAAAGGAUGACAAUCUUUUGCCCAUGCUUCUGGAAGAGUUUCCAUACCUUCAUAUUUCUGGCCAAACACUAGGGAAAAUGUGGAAACAACAGCUCUUUCAAACUGAACAACUGAGAAAGGUGACAUCUGGAGUGGAACAAUCAAAGAAGAAAUUCCAGUUCAAAAUUGAAGAAGCAUUAAGAAGACAUGAUCUCCUUUCUGACAUUGUUAAGAAAGAACAUGAGCAUAAUAAGAGACUGCAAGAUUUUAAGGAACGAGUGUGUAGGCAGAAGUCAGCUCAGAUGAAGAUAAAAGAGAGACGACAGCAAAUCAUUCGAGCCAAAAAAUACUAUGAGGACUACAGAGUUCAAUUACAUGCAAAAAUGAUAAGAGCACGGACACGUGAAGAAGUGAUAUUUAAGAACCUUUUCAGAGAAGGUUUGGAAAUUCAAAAGCUAAGAUUGCAAGAACUGAGAAACUACGCUAAAGACAGGCGGGAAGAACAAAAGAGACUGCAUGAGAAUGAACUGCAAUCAUUGGAGAACUAUUAUAAAGACCAGUUUGCAAUGCUGGCAGAAGCUGUAUCACAGGAACGUCAAGAAAUCCAAAUGAGAGAGAAAGCCCAAACAAAGACAUUACAUAAAAUGAAAAGGGAAUUGAGAUCCAAGAUGGAGCAAGAAAUUCAACAGUUGCAGACCAUGAUAAUUAAAAAUGAUGAUGACCUCUUCUUUCGGGAAGUGGAAGCUGAGCGCCUUAAAGCUCGGCUUCAGAUAGCUUCAUUUCAGUACAGCAGGGGCCAUUUCUUUUGAAUUAAAGAGCCAACUAUAAAAACAGGUUUUUAUUUUACUUGAAAAAAAUAAUGUGUGUGUUUGUGUUGAACCUGAGCCUGCUGAAUGAUGAGAAUGAUUGAAACAAAGAUUACAAAUUCAUAGGUAAUCAACUUUUAAACAACCUUAAUUAAACACUGAAUGUAAUUGGUUUAAUCUUCUAGACAUUUCUAAUAAAACAUUUUUAAAUGCUC